AUGGGUGAACGACGGAAACUCGGCGAUGUCGCCCUUGACCUCUUAUUAUUUGCCGGCAUGAUGACAGCUGGACUCUAUGUUGCCAGAAACCUUCUCACUCCGAUGCUGAGCAAUCUGGCUGACCCCGACAAAGAAAAACACGAACAAGCUAGACGGCAGGCUAAGGCACACCUCGAGCGAUUGAAUCGUCAGCGGAAUAUAGACCGAGAUGGAGACGACGAGAGCGGAGAUGCCAGGAGGAUUCAAAGCGUUGAGGACCUGGUUUUGAACGAGUACGAGAACUUGGUUGCGCUGGAAAUGGUCGCCCCAGAGGACAUACAUGUCGGAUUUGAUGAUAUUGGUGGGCUUGAUUCGAUUAUUGAGGAGCUAAAAGAAUCCGUGAUAUACCCACUUACGAUGCCGCAUCUGUAUUCCCACGCUGCGCCUUUACUGUCAGCACCGUCCGGAGUGCUUCUUUUUGGACCCCCGGGUUGUGGAAAGACCAUGCUUGCAAAGGCGUUAGCCCAUGAAAGCGGAGCUUCGUUCAUCAACCUUCACAUCUCAACCAUGACAGAGAAGUGGUACGGUGAUUCUAACAAAAUAGUUCGUGCUGUCUUUUCCUUGGCACGCAAAAUGCAGCCAGCUAUCAUAUUCAUCGACGAAAUAGACGCGGUCCUAGGAACAAGGAGGAGCGGGGAGCACGAGGCCAGCGGUAUGGUCAAAGCUGAGUUUAUGACAUUAUGGGAUGGCCUAACAUCGGCCAAUGCAUCGGGGAUGCCGGCUCAAAUUGUCGUUUUAGGGGCUACAAACCGCAUACAUGACAUUGACGAGGCAAUUUUGCGCCGUAUGCCCAAAAAAUUUCCGGUGCCUCUCCCUGGCCUUGAACAGCGACGCAAAAUAUUGCAGCUUAUUCUACAGGAUACAAAGACAGACGCAGAGCAUUUUGAUUUGGACUACGUAUCGAAGAUCACUGCAGGAAUGUCAGGCAGUGACAUCAAAGAAGCUUGCCGUGAUGCUGCCAUGGCACCUGUCCGGGAGUACAUGCGACAAUACAGAGGUGAGGGGCGGCGAAUGACUUCGGUUGAUCCCAGCCAAUUUCGCGGUAUUAGGACAGAUGACUUUCUCAGCAAUGGAGGCAGCCAUAUAGACAAGAAGGAUGGCAAGAGCGCCAAAAACGCGGCUGACAGGAGAAAAAACAAGAGCCGAGGGUCCGGUGGCGAGUAUGAAAAUGUGGAUGAACUCCUGGUCGAAAGCCAGGAUUAG